GCGCUAAGUGGAAUACGUGUAGGUGAUAUAAGUCAAGGUUUGGAUAAAAUGUUGAUGCCGUCUAAAGAAUUAAAUAUGUCUACCUGGAGAAAUUGUCGAUCUAGUCCACCUGUGCACGAUCUACCUUCAGGUUUGGUACUGUCACAAACUAAUAUUGGUGGUAUUGUACAUUUUGGUAUAUUUUGUAAGAAAUCUGUGAUAGUUAAAGGGACUAAGUUCGGGCCUUUUAAAGGAAAGGUCGUUAACACGAGCGAGAUUAAAACAUUCGACGAUAACACACACAUGUGGGAGAUUUUUAAUGAUGGUAAAUUAAGUCACUUUAUUGAUGGUAGAGGUUCUACCGGAAGUUGGAUGUCCUAUUUAAACUGUGCACGUCAUAUUAAUGAACAGAACGUGCAUGCUGUACAGGAAGGAGAUGAGGUGUAUUACUACACGUCACGUGAUGUAAAUCCGGGCUGUGAACUGUUAGUGUGGUAUGGGGAAGGAUACAUGCACUUUAUGGGAAUUCCCCUAACUCUCCCAAGCACGGAAGGAAACAAUGGCAUGCCGUCAAUCCCGACAGUAGAAAAUAGUGAAGGAUAUCAGUGUGAACGAUGUGGCAAAGUUUUCGCUUAUCAAUAUUACAGAGAUAAACAUCUUAAAUAUACUAAAUGUGUUGACCAGGGAGACAGGAAGUUCCCAUGUCAUCUCUGUGCCAGAUCGUUUGAGAAAAGAGAUCGUUUGAGAAUUCAUGUGUUACACGUGCAUGAGAAGCAUCGUCCACAUAAAUGCAGUGUCUGUGCUAAAAGUUUUAGCCAGUCAUCAAGUUUGAAUAAACAUAUGCGGGUACAUAGUGGUGAGCGACCCUAUAAAUGUGUAUAUUGUAGUAAAUCAUUUACUGCAUCAAGUAUACUUAGAACACAUAUCAGACAACAUUCUGGUGAACGACCAUUUAAGUGCAAAUUCUGUGGAAAGGCGUUCGCUUCACAUGCAGCACAUGACAGUCACGUGAGGAGAACACACACACGUGAUAAAGUUUUUCCGUGCAAAAUUUGUCAACAGGAGUUCACAUGUCAACUUGACCUUAAAAUACACCAGAGAUGUCACGUGGGUAAGUAUCAGUUUAGGCAUAUGAAGUCAUAA